AUGCCCAGUGAUUCGAUGUAUAAGGAACUUCCUGGGGCGAACGACACGCUUGUCAUCAUGAGGACUGGUGCGACUGAAAUGCAAGACAAAUUGCCCAUCCAUCUGACCACUACGUUGCUUCGGUAUCCUGAUAGCCUGAUCUUUUCCGACUACGAAGAGGAGAUUGACAGUCAUCACAUCAUUGAUGCUUUGGAGAGUGUGAGCCCUCAUCUGCAGGAGACAAGUCCAGAUUUUGAACACUGGCGACGACUCAAAGGAAAUGGUCGAGAGGUAUUGAAGACAGAUGAACUGAGCGGAAAAACGGUAUAUCUCGAUGGAGGUACUGGCAAAGCCAAGAACCCUGGCUGGAAGCUGGACAAAUUCAAGUUUCUCCCAAUGGUCAACAGGACUCUGUACGAAUAUCCAGAUAAGAAGUGGUACGUGUUCGUCGAGACCGACACAUUCAUCUUCUGGCAGACACUUUUGGUCUACCUAUCCCACCUCGACUGGACAAAGCCAUACUAUCUCGGAGGGCAGAUCAACAUCGGCGACGUCGAGUUUGGUCAAGGAGGCAAUGGAUAUGUCGUCUCUCGCCCCGCUCUCGAAAAGGUCGUCUCUCACUAUCAGGCUCACCAGAAAGAGUACGAAGACUUCACAGAAGGUCAUUGGGCUGGCGAUUGUGUACUUGGCAAAGCUCUGAAGGACUCUGGCAUCUCAUUGACACGUGCUUGGCCUAUUUUCCAAGGCGACCCUGUGGGAAAUAUGAAUUAUCGACCCGGAGCACAGUGGUGCCAACCCACUGUAUCAUAUCACCAUGUUUCGCCAUCAGUCAUCCAGGACUUGUAUGACUUCGAAAAGUCAUGGUUGGCAGGGGCCGGAAAUAAUGUUACUAGCUUCUUGCGUCACAGAGACGUGUACAGACUCUACGCUCUUCCACGCAUGGCUACUCCACGGAAUGAUUGGGACAAUCACAGCAAUGACGAUAAAGGCAUUGCAAAGUCACUAGAGAGUUGUCGAGUGAUCUGCGAGGCGGAUGGCAAUUGUGUUCAGUAUGCACUAAAUGCUGAGAGCAGAUGCUUGACCACUUCUCGACCUAAUGUCGGGCGGCCAGCUAUCAGCAUGACUUCGGGCUGGAUUACCGAACGAGUGCAGAAGUUUUAUGAUCAGGCGGGCGAGUGUAAUGAUGUGGAGUGA